GGAUCCCAGACCGGUCGGUGGGGAGCUGUGGGGGAAUUUCAGUCCAGCCUCCAGUCGUGCUUGUGCAGAGUUGUCUAGCUAGUUGACACAAACGGACGAACAGCACCGAGCAGUUAUAAAGAAUGUGACAGCAUUUUUCUUUCUUUCUUUUUUUUUUUUUUUUUAAAUUCAACUCUUACAACCUCUCGUCCCCAAAUUUUGGCAUAUAUUUGCCUCUAAUAUUGUGCUGAAGGAGCCAUGGAGCCGAUAACGAAGUGGACGCCAAAGCAAGUUGUCGACUGGAUGAGAGGUUUGGAUGACAGCCUACAGCAGUAUGUAAGCAACUUUGAGCGGGAAAAGAUCAGUGGGGAGCAGCUACUGAAAAUCACACACCAAGACCUGGAGGAGCUCGGCGUGGCCAGGAUUGGACACCAGGAACUGGUACUGGAGGCUGUCGAUCUGCUUUGCGCGCUGAACUAUGGAGUAGAGACGGACAACUUGAAGAAUCUGGUUGUGAGGAUGAGAGCUGCUACCAACAGUCUACACAUGGCCACUUCUGACCGUAGAAAAAGCCCCGUGUAUGAAGGCAGCACCUCUCGCAAGCCACCCAAUGACUUCCUUACCUCUGUGGUGGAGCUGAUCGGUGCUGCAAAGAGCCUCCUGGCUUGGCUCGACAGGACGCCUCUUACAGGGAUCAGUGACUUCACAGCCACCAAGAACAAGAUCAUUCAGCUGUGCCUGGAGCUCACCACCACAGUUCAACAGGACUGCAGUGUUUACGAGAUGGAAGAGAAGAUCCUGGAAGUUUCUAAGAUUUUGAACACCAUCUGUGACCAGACCGUGAGAACAACCUCUGACCCCCUAAUGAGCCAGUCGGCCUGCUUGGAAGAAGUCCAGCUGACCAAUAUCAAACAAGGCGAGGGUUUGGGGAUGUACAUCAAGUCUACCUAUGAUGGGUUACAUGUCAUCACGGGAACCACAGAACAUUCACCUGCAGACCUGACCAGGAAGAUCCAUGCAGGUGAUGAGGUGAUCCAGGUUAACCAGCAGACAGUGGUGGGCUGGCAGCUGAAAAACCUGGUUAUAAAACUGAGGGAGGACCCCAAAGGUGUGGUUCUACUCCUUAAGAAGAGGCCCACAGGCACAACAGGUUUCACCCCCGCCCCACUCAAGAACAUGCGCUGGAAGCCCCCAGUACCUCAGAACAAUUCUUCCUUGAUCAGAGCCCAGUCUCCCUGUGGCUCAGCUAACGGAUCAACCAAAAAAGAGAAGCCAGCUAUCCUGGACUUAUACAUCCCUCCUCCCCCUCCAGUGCCAUACACUCCACGAGAGAUGAGAACAGACUCCUUCUCCAGCAUUAGUAAAAGAGCAAAGGGCUCUGAGUCACCCAACUCCUUCCUGGACCAGGAGAGCAGAAGACGCUGCACCAUCGCAGAUUAUGACAAGCUAAGCGUUGGCUGCCCCAUUGAGGCCAACGUGAUACAGCCCAGAAUGAGAGAGCACAAGCCUUCACGUGGAAAGCCCCGGCCCCUGUCGAUGCCAGUGGAUACAUGUGUUGGAGUGGUAGAUCCGUACGCCAAGCCCUGGGCACAGGGAAGAAAAGGUGAAGAUCUCCUGUACAGGUACCUGAGCAAUGAGAGGAUUCCCACCAUAGCAGAGGAGGUCCCCUCAGUGUCUCCACCCUACAGGCCUGCAGGGGAACGUCACCUGGUCAGAGUGGACCACAUCCGGGGCAGCCGCUACUACUCCAACUCAGACCUCCACAACAGCGCUACCAUCCCCUACCAGGAGGACAUGAAGAAAGCCCCCGUAGCCCCCGUCUCCAAGCGCACAACAGCAGAACGCUCACUACUGGGACCUGACUGGCACUCUAGCAGUGACUUCCUCAACCGGUAUAAUCAGCCACAUAUACGAUCCUGGUCCUUCUCUCAAGCGGCUGCCUUCCCCAUAUCUGUGUCCCCGUCUAUGGCUGCCGAUGACUACAACCCUGUCUCCCUGCGACACAAAUGCAAGAAGAAGAGCCGAGGAGGCAAUGGUACAAUGAGCAGAAGACGAAUCUCGGUCAAAGAGCUGGGUCUGCCGGACCACCAGGGCUGGCUGUACAGGAAGAAAGAGAGUAAAGGCUUCCUGGGUAUCAAAUGGAAGAAGUACUGGUUUGUGCUGAAGAAGACGGCUCUCUACUGGUACAGCAACCAGCUGGCAGAAAAAGCUCAGGGCUACAUUGACCUCACCAACUUCAUGAUUGACAGAGCCAUAGAGUGCAAGAAGAAACAUGCCUUCAAAGCUUGCCACCCACAAGUCAUGAUGUUUUUUUUUGCUGCCGAGAGUCAUGACGAGAUGAACUUAUGGUUGAAUAAGCUUGGGCUAGCCUCCAUUCAGUAUGAGCCAACAGAACGAAGCCCUGCAGCCGAGUGUUAUAGUGAAGCCAGUGACCAUGAUGAGGCUGAAAGCACAGAGAUCCCCCCUCCACCGUACUUCGAACAGACUCUGCGGGACUCUGUGGAUGCACCCGCACCUCCUGGUAGCACACAUCAGGGUACCCUUCCUCCCCCUUACUCUUCUGCUGUCCCCAGUGAAGCCAACGGUUCGCUCUCGUCACCCAUCAGUACGAUGACAUCGCAGAGCUCCGCCUCCUCGCUCGCCAAGCACCGGCAGUCCUGGUUGGACCUGGUCUCGCAGGCGUCUCCUCCUGCUGGGGAAACAGCAGUGGUGUGUUCAGCUCAAGUGCACUCACAUCAACCGCCAGAAGAGGAGGAGGAAGACUCCCAGGUGUUGGGGAGCUCAGCUCCCAGGGACUCUUCAGAAACAGGGUGUAGCAAGGAAAGCCCCGCUGCAGGGGGGGGGGCACAGAGGGAUGUUUUAGGUGCUCAAGGUGAAGGGGAUCAUGGGAACAGCUCGGAUGAGAUGGAGAAGCUGUAUAUUCAUUUAAAAGAGGCCAGCCUGUCACCAAUAGGAGAUCGAAAACCAUCCACAAAAAGGGAAUUCAGGGCCUCCUUCGUAAAACGCUGUAAAAACCAUACCAUCAAUGAUAAACUGCACCUUGUCAGGACACUCAACAGCACAUUAAAGUCGAAAGAAGCAGACCUACAGGCAAUAGAGCAGGUGCUGUCGGAAAAGGCUCUCACCUCACACAAGUUCAGAGAAUGGAAGGAGGCCAAUGCACCCUUGGUGCAGGAGAUCUGUGUCAAACAGGACCAGCAGGUGGCACCAGAGGCCACAAAAGCUGCAGCAUCAGUCAUUGCUGCUCCAGUGGUGGAGACCAGUUUAUAAAGGCUCUUCAUGGUUGUUUUUACUAUGUCUGAACUCAGAAGACUUCACACUCAAAUACUCUGGAUACACACACAUCCUGAUGUUUUCAAUUCAAACUAUUGUUCCAUAUAAGCAGACUCUAAGUGCUAUUCAACAAGUAACUGGAUCAAUGAGGAACAGUGUUUUUAGCUCCUAAACGGAGAUGGUGCCGACAUUACAUGACUAGCUGUUCAUCUUAAAAAGUGAGAUGUGUUUUAGUAUUACUUGUACUGUUUGAUUGUUGGGAUUAGCAUAUUUUUAUUAUGUUCUGUGAACCUAUGCAUAAAUUGUUUUAAUAUUUGGACUGAUGGAGUACGUUGAAAUAACGGAUCCAUUGUUCUCUGCUUGGAAAACACUUGUUUUUACAGUAUAUUUUAUCUUUUGAUUUCAUCAGUAGUGACCAAAUUUUUGUUUUUUGUUUUCAUCCGUUUUCAGUCUCUUAUUGGUGCCAUGCACCUCACUGCCUGUUACACCUGCGUUUCACAGAAACUUGUUGUGAAUGAUUGAUGCAUGUUGUUCACCCUAGAAAUUACAUCGUACUAUUAAGGCUUACCAGACCGAACACCUGGGCCUGCAGAAUAAAUGGUCACAAAUUA